AUGGCGACGGCUUCGCCCUCGCCGGUAUUUUCGAGUCUAACCGGAAUCUGGAGUCUGUUGGCUCUCCGCAGCGACAUCGACGAUAUCAUCCUCGAGCUCUUAGGCCGCUUCAGCCUGGAGAAGAUCUACGCAGACGCAGACAAAGAGGCGUAUGCGGAUUUGAUUUUAACCUUACUAGUUCAGCUCAGAGUGAUAUUCUUCAUCCAGCGCCUCACGCUCCCUCCGGUCGGCAGCACCCCCGUAAAUUGGUCACUCGGCUUCCUGGUGAGCUGGGAGGUGACGCUGAGGACGGUAGAAUCCAUCCUCCAGAUCGUCUUGGAAGCGCGCGAAGUCCUCUGGGACGCUCCAUGGCGCGACGAAUACGUCUCGCGGCUGGUGCUAUCGACCGUCCAGAUUCUUUUGUUGCACCCGAAGCCCCCGCCCAACUCUCGGCUCAGAGAUCGUCGAGAUCGAUUUGCGCGUGUCCACCGGGCUCUGGAAAGAGUAUGCGACAAUUAUCCGAGUACCCAUUCAUCUUAUCUAGGAGUCUGUCGGGCAAUCGCGGACGCACUUCGCGCCGAACCGGAUGCCUUGACGCUUCCCUCGCGGUUGAAACAGGAGUUGCCAUCCUUGACGGGAGAUCUAUAUCCUCUGCCCGACUGCCUCUCGUCGUCGUCCGUUGCGACCAUCGUCCCUCAGCACGGUUCCUUGCAGAGCUGGUUAUCACAACUUCUGGGUCUAUAUGACGUGUCGCAGUUUGUCGUGGGCGCGAAUAUUCAGUUUGCAGUGAAUACCAGGAAGUUCUGUGAUCCGGAACUGGAACGAGCAUCAAAGAGCAGUCGCGAUGCCGUGCUGCAUGCUCUCAAUCGCAUCCGCUUACCUCCCUACGUCUCUGCGGGCCAUCUCAUCCCGAUGAUUAGUGAGGAUUUUCGAAUCAUCCUCCCUGAUACCCCUAGCCUCGUGCAGCACCGGCACGAUGGAAACAUGGUUGAUGCGCUGGAGGCGUUGCGGGAGCGACUGGGUCAUCGACUGAUGAUUCACCGCGUCAGCGAUGGGGCCAUGAUGCACAGUGUCUCCCAGAUAACCAAGUAUAUUGAACUCCUGGACGACCCCAGCGACCAGUUGAGGUCGGCCAGCCCGGCGCUGUACGUCGUUAAUUGCCAGGAGUGCCAUUUACUAGGCUCUUCACAGGUCCGAGACAUCGCAAACCUGACCCUUCUUGAUGAUGCCGGCGGCGCGUCAGGAGUUGCCCUCCCCCCCGGGUCCGGGUGUGCGUUUUGUGGCUCGGCAGUCACCAUGGUACGUGAAGUAUCGCUAGCGAGGUAUACUUGGGAGCAUCUCAAGCCGCUCAGCCCAAACGUAGAGGCCAUCAAUGCGGAAAGGCAUCUUCCCACGCAGUUCCUGUUGGCGCCAUUGCGGUCCGACCAGCCCCGCCGCGACUCCGGAACCGCAUCAGGACCGUCAUCCCCGCCUCCCUUUGGCUUCUCUGGGUUUCCUCAGGGACGAGCAAACGCGCCGCGUGCGGAACCUUGGGUCGAUAGUCCACCUCCACUGGGUAACCGAAGAAUGAGCGAGACUCUCAGGCCAGCGGCGGGGGACCCUCCAUUCUCUGCAGACUCCGUGGGAGGAUUUGAACCCCUCAGCAAAACAACCACAGUCACUCACACCAGCUCGUCUUCGAGUGGGGGCAUUCGAGCCCUAUCGCCACCCGCUACGUCAGAUAAGUCACGGUCCAAGUGGAAGUCGAGAUUCAGCACUGCGAAAAAGGAGACAAGGGACCAUGCAGACUCCAGCUCCCUGUCUUCAGCGACUCUAGAGUCUCAGAAGCUGGAAGAAAUUGACUUGAAAAGCCUGUGUCGCCGAGGAAAGCACUCAGCGGGUGGGAAACUUGCCCAGCAAGUUAAAGUAAGCCUAUCACAAGACUCGACGUACUCGCUGUUCUGGUCGCAGUCCUCGAUCCAGAUUUGGGAAGUCAGUACUUGUCCCCCUACCUUCAAGGAUACCAUCUCAACGGAUGGAUUCUGCAUUCUCGCGGCUGUGACAGGAACACACGUGGCCUAUAUGACAGGAGACCGAGAUCGGAAGCAGACGCUGUGGAUCCAAAGUAUGGACCGGAUGUGCGCACCCCCAGUGGAGUAUCGCAUCGGGCCCACACCGUGGUGCACAAGCAUGACCGUCUCCCCCAGCGGAAGCUUCGUAGCGGUCGGAUUCGACAGAUCGACUGUCGGUUUAUUCAACCAUUCUGAAUGGCAGCAACCACGGCUCCAUCGCGUGCAUGCUCGCUAUCACCAGGACUGUAAGGACUGUCCUCAAAUUGCCACCGUCUCCUUCUCUCUUGAUGGGCUCGUCCUGGUGUGCAGCACCCGUAGCGAACGGAACGGGAUGAUCCAGGUAUACCUGUCCCAUUUCCCAUUCUCCGACUUCCAGGAGGUUUUACCCUGCCGGUACCGCGUCCCUCUGCAUGAGUCAGAGGAUAACGGUAUAUCAUCUGUGCUCUUUCAGCCGGGGAUGGGCGGUAAAGAGGACAUCAUCUGCAUCGCCACAUGGACGCAAUCCGGCGUUCCCAUUCUCGUCCAUCCCAACGGGGGCCACCGCACGGAGAUCCGAGUGCAGAGUUCCGCCUCGUCCAACCACAAGGGCAGACUGGGCAAUCGUAUCCAAGCCGCUGCCUUUUCACCAUCGGGGACUGAACUCGUCCUGGUCAACGACCAGGGCCAUGUAUACCGGGUCUCCAACUUGGGUUCGAUCCCCAUUGAGGUCCGAAGGGUUGCUAAGUCCAAGGAGUUUACCACCAAGAGUGAAUCCUUUGCAUUGGCAUAUGUGCACCAAACUGACGAGGACUCGAUCCUGUUGUGCUGGUCUGAUUCAUCGAAAGGAAUCGGCUAUGUGAAGAAAAUCCCAAUUAUAGCCCCAGGGGAGAUCCAACACUCUCAAAAGUCGAACAUUGUCAAUAUCACUGUUCAUCCAAGCCAACCAGAACUUCCCGAGUUUGAACCCCGAGGGGACAAGGCCCCUGAGAAACGUCAGAUUCUUGUAAAGCAACCCGUAGAGCUCGAGGCUUCGGAGAUUAGCCCUCCGCCGGUCCAACGACCUUUGAGAAUGGGCCUUUUUGGAUCUUUGCAUGGGAAGAAAUAG